GUUUUCGGUUUUAGUACAAAUUGGCAGACAAAACCCAAAGCAACGUUUUGACUUUGGUAGCGCUCGAGAAAUUAUAGUCAACAAGUAAAAAGUGCAAAAUACUAUAUUCGCGGUGUGAAAUAUUAAAGUAGAAAUAUUUUCAAAUAACAACAACAAAAGUUAGCGAAGUGUUGGCGAGAGUGUUUCGCAUUGCAUUGUCAACGAAAGUGUUGUUUGUGUGAGAUUUCGCGAAUUCACAAAUUUGCAACAAAGUGCAAGGUGUGCAAAAAGCAGCAACAACCAAAUAGCCAGAGCUGGCCCAGAUACGUCAUUAACAGUAAUAUAAGAAAAUUUCUGGCUGCCAAGUAGCUUGAAAGUGUUUUUGUGUUUAUUUUCAUUUAUAACUGUUGUUUUUCCGUGCAACAUUGUGCGUAAUAUUGACACUUUUGGACAAGAUAAGUGAUUCAAAGCGUGCGAGUGGUCUAGAAGAAAGCUUAUUGACUGAUUCAACUCAGAAUAAUUGACUAAAACUCAAAAACUUUAGAACUACUCGGUGACAGUUGACAACACACUCGAACGGAACGCAAUAAAAACAACCAGCGUCCAACGCUCGCGGGCACGGUGACACCAGGCAAAAAGGCAAAGCAAAUAGAGAAAAUACAAAUCAAGCACAAAAUCAAUAACUGUCAACUAUGGAUGUGGGAAAAUAUUUGGGUUUACUGGCGCUGAUGCUGCUCUCGCUGUUGGCGCUCUACAGCAGUCCGGUGGAGGCGUGCAGUUGCAUGCCCGCCCAUCCGCAGAAACACUUUUGCGAAGCUGAUUAUGUUGUCAUAAUCCGCGUAAUGCGCAAAUCCUACAAUUUGGUGCAAGACAACGUCGCCUACAAAGUGCAAGUCAAGAAGUCAUACAAGAUGAACGAUGCCGGUCACAAGCUAUUGAAGCAUGGUCGCAUUGUAACACCCAAUUCCGAUGCGAUGUGUGGCGUUAAUCUGGACAUAGGCAAACUGUAUGUGAUUGCCGGUCGUGGUCCGUAUUUGAACAGUUGCAGUUAUGUUAAGGAAUAUCUGAAAAUGUCGGUGAUUGAGAGACGUGGCUUUGCCGGGGCAUAUCGCAAGGGUUGUAAUUGCUCGGUGCAACCCUGUUUCGGCAACAGCUGCUUAAGGGAACACCAGUCGGCAGACUCAUGCAAAUGGUCACCGUUCGCUAAGUGUGAAACCGAUUAUAGCGCCUGUAUACCCUCACAUUACCGCACACCCGAAGGCAUCGUCACCAAGUGCCACUGGCGAAGAACGCCGGCAUACAAGAAAUGCAUGUCCGACCCAUGAAUUACAUAAUAUAUGCAUAUACACUAGAUAUGUACGUAUAUACAUAUAUGUAAAUCGAGGCAGUAAAGGAAUUAAGCGAAAUCAGCAAGAAAUAAUUUGUAACUACAGUGGGUUGAAGAGAGUUACAUGAAUAAUUGCUGCUAGUUCUUCGUAGUUAAGCUGUAUUUUACGUAAAAAUUACUUAUUUAAUGUUAACAUGUUGCAUAACAUACACUCAAAU